AUGGAAAGAGAAAAUCUCCUUUUUUCUUCGGACGAAGCUCGUUGUAGUGACGAAGAAGCUACACCAAGUCUGGCCGACUUGCAGCAGCAUAAGACAUCUAAAUUUCAAAAGAAAUGCGGGGGACGAAACGUCGUCUUUCGGAGAAUUUUACCAUGGGUGUUACAUCUAGCCCUGCUAUCUACAUCACUGGGACUCCUUAUAAAGACUCUUCUCAUACAAAGGUCUUUACCUGCGAUUUGCGUAGAGGAUAGACUCCAAUGGACCAUCACCAUGGAUUCUGUUCCCGACACUCAUCACUUUGAGCGCUUGGUUGGUAGUUUUAAUCGAUCCUCAUCUCCUUACAAAGGGCCUCCAUCGCCAGCUGUUGAUGCCGCAUGGGCCGAGUUGACCGACUAUGGCGCAAUCAGUAUAUCAGAGGAGACUUUCGGCAAGCUAAAUGCUUCCAAAAAUGCCGUAAGAGUUCCAGCCGAAUAUGGAGGUGGCAGACUAGCUUUCGUGGAAGCCAUUCAUCAACUGCAUUGCUUGGAGUCACUUUGGCGACAUACAUAUCCAGAUUAUUAUAAAGAAGCCGCAAGAAAAAUCGAAAUAAAUGAUCAAGAGUGGCACGACCAUAUGGAUCACUGCGUGGAUUUGUUGCGUCAAAAAUUAAUGUGCGAUGCCGAUGUACAUCUGGUGACAUAUAACUGGCUGAAAGGCCACGAUGCUCCGCAUCCCAAUUUCAAUACGGCAAGGCAAUGUCGAAGUUUUGAAGCUGUCAAACAGUAUGUCAUGGACAAUGCCCUCGAUGGCUCUAACCUACCUAAAAUGUACUUUGAAAAGCCCAAGGACGGUUCUGUAAUGGAGUACGAGGAACCUCCAUACGAUCCUCUUGCCGAUGGAUGGCCAUCAAGCCACCACUGA